AUGGCAAGGAAAUGGCAGAAGUUCACAGCCAAACAAAGGAAAAGAAUUUCUUUUCCAAGAUCCAAUUAUGUUGAUGCAGAGAGUUGCAGCACAUCAUCUUCUAUAGUUGGUAAAGGGAAUUUUGUGGUAUAUACUACUGAUCAGAAGCGAUUUGUGGUUCCGUUGGCUUACCUUCAACAUGAGGCAAUCAGACAACUAUUACACAUGUCUGAAGAAGAGUUUGGACUUCCAAGUGAUGGCCCUAUCACAUUACCAUGUGAUGCACAGUUCAUGAUCUAUAUCAUAUCACUUAUCGAAAGAGGUCUAUCUGCAGAUCUUCAGAAUGCUUUGCUUGUUUUUGUACCUACAAGUCGAUGCUCAUCAGCUUCAUACCUUCAAGAAAAACGAAACUCGCAAUUGCUAGUUUGUUAA